AUGCUUAGAUUAGGUACGAGGUGUAAGCUUUUGGGGAAUUUGCCUGUAAGGUACAGUUCCUCCUCAACGUCGGCACUUGCAUACAAGCAAAUGCAUAGAAACAAAAGUCGUCCUCCACUACCAACUUUGGAAACUCCGUCGUGGAGCGCAAACUCAGCAGUGUCUUCGAUCCUUUACGAAACGCCUGUGCCCUCCAGAGAAGCUAAAAAUCAGCAUGUUCUGAAUUGUUUGGUCCAGAAUGAACCCGGUGUUCUCUCGAGAAUCAGUGGAACUUUAGCGGCAAGAGGGUUUAACAUAGAUUCCCUCGUUGUUUGCAAUACUGAGGUAAAGGAUCUCAGUAGAAUGACCAUUGUGCUCCAGGGCCAAGAUGCAGUGAUUGAACAGGCAAGAAGACAGAUUGAGGACCUAGUGCCCGUUUUUGCCGUUCUCGACUAUUCUAAUUCAGACAUUAUCAAGAGGGAGAUGCUGCUGGCUCGUAUUUCUUUGCUUGGAGCUGAGUACUUUGAGGAUUUGAUUCAUCACCACGAAAAGUCUACUUCAGGAAGCAGCCCCGCUACCGAAACCGCUAUCGAGGAAACAAGAGGCAAGAAAUAUCACCCACUCAACUUGCCUUUGAGCGAAGUCUUGAGAAUGAAACACGAACAUCUCAACGACAUAACGAACCUUGCGAAAAACUUUGGCGGCCGCAUUGUUGACAUAAGUGAUACAAACUGCAUUGUCGAAUUGAGCGCCAAGCCAUCGCGUAUCUCCUCUUUCUUGAAACUCAUCGCGCCUUUUGGGGUUCUAGAAGUUGCAAGAAGCGGCAUGAUGGCCCUCCCAAGAACCCCAAUUGAGGGCGAACUCGAAGAAGAUGUCGAGGGACGCAUCAAUGAGAUUGUUGAUUUAUCUCAACUUCCUCCAGGUUAA